AUGUCUAACGCUAUUGGUAUUGAUUUAGGUACAACAUAUUCAUGUGUUGCUCAUUUUACAAAUGAUCGUGUUGAAAUCAUUGCAAAUGAUCAAGGUAAUAGAACUACUCCAUCUUAUGUUGCAUUCACAGAUACUGAAAGAUUAAUUGGUGAUGCUGCUAAAAAUCAAGCUGCUAUGAAUCCUCCAAAUACUGUCUUUGAUGCUAAACGUUUAAUUGGUAGAAAAUUUGAUGAUCCAGAAGUUGUUACUGAUGCUAAACAUUUCCCAUUUAAAGUUAUAGAUAAAGAUGGUAAACCUCAUAUUCAAGUUGAAUUUAAAGGCGAAACUAAAGUUUUCACUCCUGAAGAAAUUUCAUCAAUGGUUCUAUUGAAAAUGAAGGAAACUGCUGAAGGUUAUUUAGGUGGUGCUGUUAAAGAUGCUGUUGUUACUGUUCCUGCUUAUUUCAAUGAUUCUCAAAGACAAGCUACAAAAGAUGCUGGUUUAAUUGCUGGUUUAAACGUUUUAAGAAUUAUUAAUGAACCAACUGCCGCUGCUAUUGCUUAUGGUUUAGAUAAAAAAUCUCAAGGUGAACAUAAUGUUUUAAUUUUUGAUUUAGGUGGUGGUACUUUUGAUGUUUCAGUAUUAUCUAUUGAUGAUGGUAUUUUUGAAGUUAAAGCUACUGCAGGUGAUACUCAUUUAGGUGGUGAAGAUUUUGAUAAUAAAUUGGUUGAUUUCUUAGCUAAUGAAUUCAAGAGAAAGAAUAAAAAGGAUAUUACAGGUAAUCAAAGAUCUUUAAGAAGAUUAAGAACUGCUGCUGAACGUGCUAAACGUACACUAUCAUCUUCUGCUCAAGCUUCAAUUGAAAUUGAUUCAUUAUUUGAAGGUAUUGAUUUCUAUACUUCAAUUACAAGAGCAAGAUUUGAAGAAUUAUGUGCAGAUUUAUUUAGACAAACUAUUCAACCUGUUGAAAAAGUUUUAUCAGAUUCAAAAUUAGAUAAAUCUCAAAUUCAUGAAAUUGUCUUGGUUGGUGGUUCAACUCGUGUUCCAAAAAUUCAAAAAUUAGUUUCAGAUUUCUUCAAUGGUAAAGAACCAAAUAAAUCAAUUAAUCCAGAUGAAGCUGUUGCUUAUGGUGCUGCUGUUCAAGCUGCUAUCUUGACUGGUGAUACUUCAUCCAAGACUCAAGAUUUAUUAUUAUUAGAUGUUGCUCCAUUAUCUAUGGGUAUUGAAACUGCAGGUGGUAUAAUGACAAAAUUAAUUCCAAGAAAUUCUACAAUUCCAACUAAAAAAUCUGAAACUUUUUCAACUUAUGCUGAUAAUCAACCAGGUGUUUUAAUUCAAGUUUAUGAAGGUGAAAGAACAAAAACUAAAGAUAAUAAUUUAUUAGGUAAAUUUGAAUUAUCUGGUAUUCCACCAGCUCCAAGAGGUGUUCCACAAAUUGAAGUUACAUUUGAUAUUGAUGCUAAUGGUAUUUUGAAUGUUUCUGCUUUGGAAAAGGGUACUGGUAAAACUCAAAAAAUUACAAUUACAAAUGAUAAAGGUAGAUUAUCAAAAGAAGAUAUUGAACGUAUGGUUUCAGAAGCUGAAAAAUUUAAAGCUGAAGAUGAAGCUGAAGCUGAAAGAGUUCAAGCUAAGAAUGGUUUAGAAGGUUAUGCAUAUCAAUUAAAGAAUACUAUAAAUGAAGGUGCUUUUAAAGAAAAAGUUGGUGAAGAAGAUUAUGAAAAAUUAUCAAAAGAAAUUGAAUCAACAAUUGCAUGGGUUGAUGAUUCUCAAGCUGCUUCAUUAGAUGAAUAUAAAGAUAAACAAAAAGAUUUAGAAAGUGUUGCUAAUCCAAUUGUUACUAAAUUCUAUCAAGCUGGUGGUGCUCCUCAAGGUGCUGAAGGUGCUGCUCCUGGUGGAUUCCCUGGUGGUGCUGGUCCAGCUCCAGGUGCUGGUGGUGAUAGUGGUCCAACUGUUGAAGAAGUUGAUUAG